AUGGCUUUGAGGGCCGUGGAAAUGGAAAAUCCGGUUUCUGACUCUUUGCACCCAAGGAUUUCGGAGGUGUCAGUAGAGAUGGAGUCUUCCUAUGAAUAUAACCAUGUUGGUGAAGCUAGCAGCAGUACUGAUGUCGGGCUAUGCGAUGGUGGUGACUGUGGUGGUGGUGGUGGCGGUCGAGGUGGAAGAGAAGGAAUCCACUGUGAUGGUGCAGGACCUAAAGAAGAUCCUUGUGAUGGAGGUGGUGGUGGAGAAGGAAACCAUGGUGCCGGUUUGGGACCUAAAGAAGGUCCUCGUGAUGGAGGUGGUGGUGGAGGAAAUGGAGAAACCCUAUUGGGAUUGAUUACUUUGACUUCAGUAGAAGACACAAAUGGAAUUGGAUUUGUAAUCCCCACAUAA